AUGAAGGGUCCAGACCCCGUGGACAACGCCGACGAACGGCGGAUCCCACGGGGCGGCUCCCUCCAGGAAUCUGAGUUUCGGGUAUGGCCAGCGGCCAUCGAUCCACAGACUCCAACGGUGCCGGGCGCCAAAAGGCCCCCGGACUUCGGUCACCACAGCGGAGGCACCAGGGAGGAGCUCGGCGAGAGCCCCCCCAUAACAACCAGGCCGGGCACCGAGUGGCCCCCGAGGGGACCCAAGGCACUGCGCGGGGAGGAGGUCAUGGGGGGGGGAUCAAGCGUUGCUGGGUCCCGGAUGACACCACUGCGGUGGGUGAACCCCCCCCGGCACUGA